AUGUACAAGAACGACCGGUCGGUGAAGAACUCUGCGGAAUUUUGUGAGCUCAUCCGUGACAUCCGCAUAGACGAUGUCGACGUCAUGAUGUCUUUUGAUGUCAUCUCCCUGUUUACAAACGUGCCCAUUGACGUAGCUCUGUCCGUAGUUCGAACGAAGCUGAGAGCUGACGUUGACUUAGAAGACCGCACUGAUCUUUCAGUUGAAGACAUUUUAGAACUUUUAAAGUUAUGCCUCGGACAAACCUUCUUCCAAUUCAAGAACAGGUUCUUUAAACAAACCGACGGAUGCCCCAUGGGCAGCCCAAUUUCAACGACCAUUGCCAACUUAGUCAUGGAGUUUGUUGAAGACAAGGCCUUAGAGGACGCAGGACAAUUCAUCACCUUUUACAGACGUUAUGUUGACGACACAUUUGUGAUUAUUAAGAAGAAUUUCACCAACACAUUCUUUGACAAGCUGAACAGCAUUCAUCCUAACAUCCAGUUCACGUGCGAGGAGGAGAAAGAGAAAAAGAUCGCCUUUUUGGAUGUCCUCGUGCAAAGAGACCCGUGCGGAAACUUGAAGACCUCGGUUUACGGAAAACCGUGCGACACAGCCUCCCCUGCUGCUUAG